AGCUUCUCAACGGCCAUUCUACCUGCCGCUCGGAUCAUAUUCACCGACAAAUGCAGAGCACCACGUGUUUUAUCAUAAGGGUGGGGACCAUACCAACUGCAAUCGGUAGCUGUUUUAAGGGUCAUUGCUGGUGCUAAUUCAGUGUCAUUCAUAUAAGGCCGAAGUCAGUCGCAUACAAAUAGAUCACAACCGGGUAUGCAAGGUGCCUUUCGGACUCGUUCGCGGUUCGUCGAUGAUGGCUAAAGCACUGAUUCGCACAAAGAUUUUUUUAUGGAAAUUGAAUACUUUGUUUAUUAAUCUAGAUUGUCUUACGCCUAAUUAUACAAACAAUUUGAAUAAUAUUGUUAAGAACGCAAUUUAUUGCUAAUCGACCUGACUCAUAAUCGUAUAGGAAACCGUCCGCAAAAAGUGAAAAAUGUCGUGUCCGCUAUUUAGCGUAAAACAAAGUGGUGUAUUGAUACAAUUAACGUAAACCGGUACGCUAAGAUAAACGAAACCGUGGUGAAUAAUUAAUUAUAAUCGCAAAAAAAUCGCGAUGGAGACUUGUGUUUUGAUUCCUCGUGAAUUCAGCCUUUGUGUCACCAACGCCGCUCCAUGUGGGACGAAUAGAGAUUCCGAAGUUUCGGUGUGGUCAAAUACAUCUAUUGGGCCGGGAUCUUUAUACUAUCCCUUCCAGGGUACCAUUAGAAUUGACAAACUUGGUGUCCAUGGACAACUGGACGAAAACGACGUUCGUCAUAGGUUCGGCUGCUAUGACAAAGUUUCUUUCGAUAUUACUUGUGGAAAAGUACGACAUUGUAACUGGAUUAGAUUCCUCAGGGUGUCUCCAGUUUUUAGCGCGUCGGUUAAUAUCAUAUCGACGAAGGUUGGGGGAGAACCGGUGUAUAGAUGUGUGAAACCUGUUCUACCUCACACCGAACUACUUGUUCAUUACUUGCCCGAAAAACCAGAAGAAAUGUUUUUCGCUAAAAUGAGAACUUCGUUGUAUAGGCAAACAAUGGAUUUAUUAUUGGAAGAUUCCCCGUUGGAUCUUUCAAUGUCUCUUCUAUCGAAAGCGCUUAGAAGAUCGUCCGCCACGACAGAGGACGAAUUAAGAUCGGUAUCGGGAGAUAGCCUAUGCUCGCAAGGAGAUCCUUGCGAAAACGAAGUGCAAGAUACGAAAACGAAACCAAGGGAGAGAACGCGCCUACCUUGCGGAAUUUGCAGUAAAAUUUUUGACCGCCCUUCAUUGUUAAAAAGACACAUGCGAACACAUACAGGAGAAAAGCCCCAUGUCUGUAAAAUAUGCUAUAAAGGAUUCAGCACCUCAUCGUCACUGAACACGCACAAACGAAUUCAUAGCGGUGAGAAGCCUCACCAGUGCCCUGUAUGUCAAAAGAGAUUUACUGCGUCUUCGAAUUUGUAUUACCAUAGAAUGACACAUAUUAAGGAGAAACCCCAUAAGUGUCACCUGUGCAGCAAAUCAUUUCCAACUCCCGGAGAUUUAAGAUCUCAUAUGUACGUCCAUUCUGGUUUGUGGCCCUACAAAUGUGAGUUUUGUUCCAGAGGCUUCUCGAAGCAGACAAACCUAAAAAAUCACUUGUUCUUACACACAGUGGUACAAUUGGACCAGACGUAUCGCUAGAACCACAAACAACAAACUUAUGGACAAGAUGAAUAUUUUAGAAGUCUGCCGCAACAACAUAAAAACAGGAUAUAGACAGCAGAGAGUUGAGACGCAGAAAGAGACAUGAGUGAACAGUGAAUGCACAAAAGAUUGGCGACGAUGUUACGAAGAUAAACUAAUUGCUAAGUAGUUAGAAAUGAGUUCUUGUAUCAAAAAUCCAUGUUCUACUGUAGCUGCCGUUUAAUGAUGAUAUUAUUACUAUGUCAAAUAGUAUG